GAAAACAUAAAGAAGGUAACCGUUGCUGUCAAGCUAGAAUUAAGGAGAAGCUAAAGUAGAAGCAGGCUUAUGCAUUUCAUUUGUCAAGUUUAGUUUGCUUCAGUGCAGGGAUUAAACCUCAAGCAGUGCACUUGUCAGCAUAGGUAAAAAAAGCAAAGCACACAAAAGAAUUAUAAAUAGGCAGUGAGCAAGCCCCGUUUUUUGUUGAAGAAAGGGUAUACGUGUGAGGCUUUGGGCGCAGCAGAAAGAGGAGAAUGGUGGCGAGCGAAGAGUUUUACUGUGGGGAAGAACUUCCUCUUGUCCAACCAGAUCCUGUGAGGUUACAGAUUGAUCGUUUCAAAAACCAGCUCACAGAAAAGGCCAAGGAACUAGCAACUUGUCAAAGUGAAAUCAAGGUCUUGAAGGCAACUGAAGCUAAAAAGGACAAGGCCAUAGAAGAGCUGAGAAAUGAAGUGAGUAAGCUGGAAGAGAGACUUAGACUUACUCAAGAUCAUCUUAAACACAAGAAGCUAGAAAUCAAGAAACUGACAGAGGAAAAGAAGGAUGCAUUGGCAGCACAAUAUGCUGCAGAAGCCACUCUUAGAAGGUUACACGCAGAUCAAAAGGAAGAUGAUUUUGUUUCUCUUGAAAGUGUCAUUACUCCUCUUGAGGCUGAGAUUAAGAUGUUUAGGAAUGAGAUUGCAGCUCUCCAAGAAGAUAAGAAAGCUUUGGAACGGCUCACAAAGUCAAAAGAGGCAGCGUUGCUUGAAGCAGAGAAGAUUUUAAGAACUGCACUGGAGAGAGUUUUAAUAGUUGAGGAAGUUCAGAAUGAAAAUUUUGACUUGAAGAGACAGAUUGAGAUCUGCCAGGAGGAGAACAAAAUCUUAGAGAAAACGCAUCGCCAAAAGAUUUUGGAAGUUGAAAAACUUAGCCAAACCAUCCAUGAACUUGAGGAGGUCAUCUUAUCCAGUGGAGUCAAUGCUAAUGCUGUUCGCGAUUAUCAGAGACAAAUUUCUGAAUUGCAGGAGGAGAAGAGGACACUGGAGAGGGAACUAGCAAGAGUAAAAGUUUCAGCCAAUAGAGUUGCAACAGUUGUGGCAAAUGAGUGGAAGGACGAGAAUGACAAGGUCAUGCCUGUCAAACAAUGGUUAGAAGAGAGAAGGAUAAUGCAGGCAGAGAUGCAACGCUUGAAAGAAAAGCUGGCUAUAUCAGAGAGAACAGCAAAGGCGGAGUCACAAUUGAAGGAUAAACUGAAGCUGAGGUUAAAAACACUAGAAGAAGGCUUAAAGCAUUUCUCAAAUAGUUCAAAUUCUGGGUCUGCAAAAGCAGAAAAGUCUAACAUCUUAAGCUUCCUAACGACCAGUGGUGGACUGAGAAACAGAUCCACAUCACAGCCAAGGGGAUCUACUGCUGGAAGCUCUUUGUUCCCAAAGACAAAUGUAAAAAACAACAUCGACAGUGUUACUGCAAACCUAUUACCGAGCAGCAUUCUAAGAAAGAAACGUGGUUCUGCAGAAAACUUGUUGAAGAAAGGAAUAUGGGCAUCACUAAAUAAAGUUGUUGACAGUGAUGAAAAAGAAAAUAAGAUGCAGGUGAAUGCAAGCAUAAAUUCAAAUAAACGCAGCGAUGAAAGAGAAGCAGCACAAAUUAAAACCGCAGUUGAAGAUGAUGAAGACUCUAAAAGCAAUAGCUAUAAUGGUAAUGAUUUAGGCACCAAUGACGUGGUCUCAGGUUUCCUAUAUGAUAAGCUUCAAAAAGAGGUCAUCAAUUUGAGGAAGUCUUGUGAAAUUAAAGAGAGUAGUUUGCAAACCAAAGAAGAAGAAAUAAAGAUGCUCACAAAGAAAGUCGAUGCACUGACAAAGGCUAUGGAAAUAGAGUGGAAGAAAACGAAAAGGGAAGCAGCUGCUAGAGACAAGGAGGCUGCUUCAAUAAAAUCAGAUGAUAACAGGAAAAUCAGACGCUCAAACUCCUCCAGAAGGAUGAUGAAAGAUCAUUGAAGAGCCUUUACUUAGGGAAACUGAAGGCAAUUUAUUAAUCAAUGGCAUCUUUGUGAAUUUUCUUUAUAAAUAAAAAAAACAAGUAUUUAGUGAGGUAGUAUGUUGAAAUAAAGUUCCACUGGGGAAGGCUGACUCUGUACAUACUGCAUACACUAAAUUUAAAUGGCAUCCUAUGAGCUGUUGUCAUGAGUAUUGCAUACAUACUACUCACGUUUGUCAAAUGUACCUUUAGAGAGAUGAAAAUCAUGAACACGUGGAAAAUAAUUGAGUUA